AUACAGAUUAUUUGAAUACCGCAUUUACUGAAAUCAAGCAACUUUUAAAAAGUGAAAAGAUCAAGGAAAUGGCAGAGCUCCUCCCUCCAAUUUUUGAACAUCUUCGUGUACUGUGGACACUUUCACCCCACUGGGGAGCUGAAGAUUAUUUUUCCCUACUUUUGGAUCGAGUGAAAUGGGUGGUGUGCACUAAAAUUAAAAGAAUCCUUGACGUGCAAGAUCUUUUUACGUUAGAUCUAGACGUCGUUCGGAAAAUUUGUAUGAAUUCAGCUGAAUUUAUGGAUUUUUGGAAAAAAAAUUACCUUGAUACAAGAGCAAAGAUUGAAGAGACAGAAUGUGAACCUAGGUGGGAAUUCGACAGAGAUAAAUUAUUUUUGGAAACAGAUUAUAUUGCUACAGUUGCUAGAUCACUACAAGAAAUGGUGAUGGUGAUGCAAGAGAAUUUAUUGAUAUUUUGUCCAAACUUCACGCAUGCAGUUAUAGAAUCAACUCCGAUAAAGUUGAUUAUCAAAAAGAUAUGGAAUCUUACUGUCCCUAUAAUGACAGCAGAUUUUGAUAUUUUCGAUUACGAGUAUUCUGAAAAUUGGAAUAUCGUUGUACAAGGAUUUUGGCAAGGAAUCCAUGAUUUAGAAGAAGAUGCGAUAAAUGUAAUCCAGCAGUCUUUCAAGCAACUUAGAUUACUUUCUCAAUUCCAAUGUGUUGAAACAAGAGGAAAAAUAUCCAAAGUAUUGACAACUAAAUUGGAUGAUGUCCUAUCAAAAUUCAAGGAUGAAAUUCAUGAAAUCACAGAUUUUUUCUCACUGGGACAAGAUGAGCCAACAAUUUUGAGGGUGCACCAAUUUUUCAGUGGUACAAUCACCUGGACUAGACAGUAUUUUUUGCAGCUGAAUGAUAAUUUUGAAACAAUUGAUGAAUUAGUUGGUGAUAUUCACUCAGAGAAGAAAGAACAGACUUACCAGGAGUUUCAACGUCUUAUAGACAAGUUAAGAGAUUAUGAAUAUAUUACAUUUCAUCACUGGUUGGAAAGAGAUUUACCUUACCUCAAAACAGCUUUCACAAGGAACGUAAUAAAAUUAAUAGAACUUGGAGUUCCUAUAUUGGACGUAACAGCAUUUCUGAAUAAUUUGGAUACUGCUUCAGAAAGAUCGGCAUCUGAUUUACAAAUGGUUGAAGACAAACUAGACAGAAAAAAUGAAGUAAGAGAUACGGUUCUAGAGGAAACAGAAAGUACUAUAUCUGACUCACAAAAAUAUAUAAAAGAGAUUAAAAUUUUUGAAAGAAAGUUGGUACAAAAAAAGCAACAGCAAUUGGCGAAAAUUGAUGCUGAGCUUAAACAGGUGUUUGAUUCCACAAAGAAGCUAAAGGACAAAGAUAUUCACCCGACACAUAUUAAAUUUCCACAAAUAUAUUUAGGUUGUCGUCACGAUGUUUAUCGCUUUUCAUGGAGAGAGUUUAUUGGGAUGGAUUUGUUAUUUGAACACGGCUAUUCAAUAAAGCUCAAUUUCGAUCCUAAUUUCCAAAGGAUAGUAAGGGAAGCUGAAACAAUACAUGAAUUGGGUUUUGCAGUGCCAAAAGAAAUUUGGUGCUUGACAUCUCUGAAAAAGCUACUUUAUAUUGAACUGUUUGCCAUUGAGAGUGUUGUCACUCUAUAUGGUGAUCUGAUUAAAAGUCUUUCUGAAUCUGAGCGUGCUGCUCUCAAAAAUUUCUUGGUGCAAAUAGAAAAUUCAUUAAAUAUGGGUUUGACAGAGCAUACUUGGAGUUCUAUAAGUGUCAUUAACUACAGCAAAACAAUUAUCUCCAAAUUAGAAAGUCUCAACAUAGUCAUCUCUCAAGAUAUUUGUUCUGAAAUAGAGACAAUGAUGAAAAAUGCUGAGUCGCUCCUAGCUAUCCAGUAUGACAAAAUGGCACCAGCUUUGUUCAAAUUACAAUCUAUUGCAGAACUUGGAUGCACCGGUAGUUCCGAACAAAUGUCACUACACUACAAAUGGGCUGAGAAUAUAUUUUUUGAAGCUCUGACUAAAUUAAGGAAUUUUCCAAGAUGGUAUGAUGGAACAUGCCAUGAAGUGUCCAUAGUUAAAAAUAUAUAUACUGAGGAAGUGCAUCAAUAUGCAUAUGUCGAUGAUAUCGUUGAAGUGAAUCUUGUUAAAAAGACAAUCAAUAAAAUUUAUGAAACCAUAGUUUUUAUAAUGAAAAUGGUUAACAAAUACAUACUUCACUGGCAAAAAUAUUCCCAUUUAUGGAAAAUGAGCCCUAGCAAGACAAUGUUAAAAUUCUUUGAGGAGAAUCCAACACUGGCAGAAUUCGAUGAAUAUUUCUCAUUCUAUCACAAUUUGCAGAAGAGUAUGUUCAGGCAUAAAGGUUUUAUUGACGUAUUUUGUGUUAGACUAGUGGUAAGGCCCCUUGUCAAUACAAUUAUUUCAAUAUCCAGCGAGUGGAAGAACACAUUAUCAGAACAUCUCAUCCAAGAAGCUGCAGGAAGAGCCAAUGAACUGCUGUCUCAAUUUGAAUGUUUAAUGAAGCGAGUGGCUCAAACUAUUCCAAAUUUAGCAUCCUUUCAAGAAGUUCUUCAGACAGUUAAGGAAAUUGGUGACCUUCAACCUGAAGCAGAAUGUAGUUUUAAAAGCUUAUCACUGUUUCCAAUAAAGAAAAUAUUUUAUAAAACGACUGCUCAAUUAGCUAGAAAUUUUACUGAUGAAUGUCUGUCAUUCACCGAUCAAUAUUUUCAUGAAGGACCAGAAACGUACUUAGACGAUCUAGAACAUGGUUUAAGUUUAAUGCCAGUGUAUAGGAAAAAAUUUGGAGAUCUAAUGGAAAGAAAAGUUAAAAUAAUGCAAGCUGAAAAGCAUUUUAACUUGAUACCAACAGACUAUUCAUCCUUUAUCAAUGCUUAUGAGGAAUUUGUAAAUGUGGAAAAAAUCUAUGAAAUAUAUCAGCUACUAAAGGAUUUCUGUAAUCAUUGGGGUAAGUAUUUGUGGAUAAACUUGGUACCUAAUCGACUCAUGAAAGGUAUUGAUGACUUCCUGGACAAAUUUGAAACUUUAUCUGCCAUCUGUAAAAAACUUCCUGUUGCACAGGCUGUUGAAAAUCGUUUAAAAGAUUUCAAAAAAACUAUUCCUCUAAUGGAAUAUCUGAAGGAUGAUGCAAUUCGUCCUCGACACUGGAAAGAAUUGAUGAACAGAACUGGUCAACACUUUGACAUGAGUCCGGAUACGUUCACUUUGAAAAAUAUGUUUGACAUUAAUCUACACCUGUACAGUGAUAUUGUCAGUGAGCUAUUGGGCAAUGCUAAAAAAGAACUCGAGGUGGAAAAUUCAGUAAAACAAAUUAAUGAGGUAAUUUUUCUUGACAAAUUAUUUACUCUGAUUAUAAUGCAUAUUACAAUAGUCGCUCAGCUUUUAAAGAACUUGAAGAAUCUGGGGCGCCAAAUAGUUGAUCCAGUAAAGGCUGAGCCAUUAAAUGUUGAGGGUUGGCCAAAAAAGUCAUCUUCUAAGUGGUCAAAGAAAAAAUUACCGAUGUUUGAGCAUCAUAAACAAGGUGAGUGUCACAGCUACAGACUUGGUAAUUUUCAGGAUAUCCUCAGUGAUCUCAACGACUGCUGUUUACACCUACAAAACACCACACGAUCACAAUUUGCUACUCCUUUUAUUGAUGAAAUCCAAAAUUGGCUGAAAAAAUUGUCACUUGCUGAUGAAGUAUUGAACGAAUGGAUUUCCCUGCAGAGAAAAUGGUUGUAUUUACAAGGCAUAUUUGUUGUUGGAGACAUACAGUCCCAGUUGGCUGCAGAGGCUAGAAAGUUUGAAGAAAUAGACUCUGAUAUUUGUAAGGUGAUGAAUAAUGCAUACAUACAAACAGAUUUUUUAACACAAUGCCUUAAACCAGGGCGUUUGGAUGAAAUAAAUGAACUACUUCAUAAAAUAGACGCUUGCGAAAAUUCUCUAGGAAUGUAUUUAAAUAGAAAACGUAACUGCUUUCCCAGAUUUUAUUUUAUAUCUGAUGAAGAACUGCUGUCUAUUUUGGGAUCUAAUAGAGUUACUUCGAUUCAAUCCUAUGUGUACAAGAUUUUCUAUAAUGUGGAACAGCUCAAAUACCAUUGGUCUGAUCCUCAAGACAUUGAAUGUCCGGCAGAAAUACAAGGCCUAAUAUCUUGCGAAGAAGAAGUCAUAAGAUUUUUACAGCCAAUACUUGCUGUUGAAGGAGUAGAAGAAUGGAUGGGGUGUGUUGUGGAAGAGAUGCUGAAAACAAACAAAAUGCUGACUAAAAAGGCAAUCCAUGAUUAUGGUACAAUCAGAAGACCUAGAUCGGAGUGGAUUCUGGACUAUAUUGGCAUGGUGGUUUUUGUUGCAAACAAAAUUUGGUGGACAACAGAAGUAGAAUAUGUAUUUUCAUUACUUAAAAAGGGAGACAAUUUGGCAUUAAAAAGCAUGUUGAUGAGGCUCAAUUCUCAAAUGGAAGAGAUCUCUUCUAAAAUUCAGGGUAAACUGUCUAAAAUCAACAGACAAAAGUUUACUACAAUGCUUAUUAUUGAUAUUCAUGCAAGGGAUAUAAUCAAUACUUUAAUUGGUAAUAAUGUGACUGACCGAGAGGAAUUUGAAUGGGAAAGCCAAUUGAGAUACUACUGGAUAAAAUCUAUUGAUACCGUUUGUGUCAAACAAUGCUCAGGGGAAUUCCGUUUUGGAUAUGAAUAUAUGGGUUUACAUGGAAGGCUUGUAAUAACUCCCUUAACAGACAGAAUUUAUCUCACAAUGACGCAAGCAUUAUCAAUGCACUUAGGUGCAGCCCCUACAGGACCUACGGGAACUGGUAAAACUGAAACAAUAAAAGAUCUUGCGAAAGCGCUGGGCCUUCUUUGCAUUGUUACAAAUUGUGGCAAAGGAAUAGAUCAUGUCUAUUUUGGUAAACUGUUAAAUGGGCUAAGCCAGUGUGGUGCAUGGGGUUGUUUUGAUGAGUUUAACAGAAUAGAAAUUACUGUUUUAUCUGUCAUUUCUACUCAACUCCACACAAUAAGUAAUGCUUUGAAAAAGAAGUGUGACCGAUUUAUGUUUGACAAACAUGAAAUACCCCUAAGUGUUAAUUUUGGAGUAUUUAUGACAAUGAAUCCUGGCUAUUCAGGAAGAACGGAAUUACCAGAAUCUAUUAAAUCUAUGUUUCGCCCUGUAGCGUGCAUAGUACCUGAUGUAGAACAAAUCUGCUACAUCAUACUAUUUUCCGAAGGGUUUUUCGAAGCUAAGGAGCUUGCAAAGAAAAUCACCGCCCUGUUAAAUUUGUCAAAGAAGCUACUGUCAAAGCAGAAUCACUAUAACUUUGGGAUUAGAGAAAUAAAAUCAGUGCUUACAAUGGCAGGAGAAUUAAGACGUAGUGCUCGAGACAUGCCUGAAAGCCUUGUUUUGUUGGCUUGCCUUAGGAAUUUAAUACUUCCCAAGCUCAUUUUAAAAGAUAUUGAUCUAUAUCAGGAAAUCUUGAUUGAUAUAUUUCCUGGUUUAGAAUGUCCGAACAUAAAAUAUCCAGAAUUUGCAGAAGUUGUUGAAAAAUCUUUGGAAAAACUUGGAUAUUUAAUUCUUCCAAGUCAGAUUAAAAUAAUUAUUCAACUUUAUGAAACACUCUUUACUCGUCAUUCAGCUAUGAUAGUUGGACCUACAGGCGGAGGGAAAUCAGUUGUUAUUAAAACUUUAUCUGUAGCUCAAUCUCUACUUGGCUACAAUGCACAAUUAUAUAUUCUGAAUCCGAAGGCGUGUACUAUAAACGAACUGUUUGGAGUUUUAAAUCUGCAAUCAAGAGAAUGGACAGAUGGGUUGUUUUCUAAAAUUUUUAGAGAUGUGAAUAAAUCAAAGCAUAAAAAUUCAAAGAGUUACAUCAUCUUCGAUGGCGAUGUUGAUGGAAUAUGGAUAGAAAGUAUAAAUUCAGUUAUCGAUGAUAACAAAAUACUCACACUGGCAAACAGUGAAAGAAUCCAACUUACUCCACAAUGUGCUGUGUUGUUUGAGGUGGGUGACUUUCAACAUGUGUCACCAUCAACUCUAUCACGUGCUGGUGUAGUUUAUGUUGAUCCCAAAAUGCUCGGUUAUGAACCAUUUUGGCAGAGAUGGCUUAAUACACGUUUAGACGAUAAAGAAAUUGAAAUGCUACAGGAAUAUUUCAAAAAGUAUGUUCCUAAAUGUUUGACUUUCAUAUUUAUGGGUUAUAAAGAUGCAACUCAACAAAGUCCUCCGCUCAGAUUGAUUAUACCUCAAAAUGAAUUAAAUAUGGUUACUCAGUUGUGCUAUAUGCUAGAAGCAUUCUUACCAAUGGCAGAUGCAGACAAAAGAGACAGUAAAGUUGAAAGGUACACCCCUGCUCAGUUGAAGAAAUUGGAAAAAUCUUUGAAACCUCACAAAUCUGAAAAAGACGAGUAUUACAAAAUUCUAGAAAGUGUAUUUUUAGAAUCGUUAUAUUAUUCUUUUGGCUCAUGCAUAUUAAAGGAUGAUACAAUUUUAUUUGAUGCUUAUAUUAAAAAAAUUAGUGCCAUGAAGAUUGUAGAAGAUUCAGAUAAUCGAAGAGCUGAAAUAAACAGCAUCCCUACAAACAAGCCAACAUUGUACAAUUAUAAAUUAGACAGAAAAAGCAAUUCUUGGAUUUCAUGGGAAAGUCUUGUACCUCAAUAUAUACAUGAUAAAGAAAAACAGUUUAAUGAGAUUUUAGUUCCAACUGAAGAUUCGGUUAAAGUUAUAUGGCUGUUAAACUUGUUAACAAAGCAAAAUUGUGAGGAUGUACAUUACAUAUGUCAUCAAUAUAGACUUCACUGCAAACCAAAAAUGAAAAGGCCCCUCUUGCUCAUUGGAGAAUGUGGGACUUCAAAAACUGCAACCAUGAUGGAAUAUUUACGCAAACUUAAUGCUGGAGAAUUUGCCCAAUUACUGAUGUCAUUUUCGCACAAAACAACUUCUUUGGAUGUACAAAGAAUCAUAGAAUCAUCGAUUAAUAAACAAUCCAAAGACAUGUAUAAACCACUAAAUGGAAAGAAAUUAAUUAUAUUCAUAGAUGAUAUGAAUAUGCCUCAGGUUGAUACUUAUGGAACACAACAGCCAACAGCACUUUUGAAACUUUUAAUUGAACAGAAAGGUCUCUAUUCGAGGAAGAAAGAUUUGAAAUGGAAAAAUAUCGAAGAUAUAUCUAUUUUUGCGGCUAUGGGAAAAACUGGUGGUGGACGAAAUGUUGUUGAUCCAAGAUUUAUUUCACUGUUUUCAGUGUUCAACAUGACAUAUCCUUCUGAUAAUACAGUGACUCAUAUAUUUCUAUCUAUGCUGCAGGGUCACAUUAGGAAUUUCUCUGAUGAUGUUAAGAACACUGCUACCAAAAUAAUGCAGCUAACAAUGCAUUUAUUUAAAGCUGUUUCUGCAUCUUUACGACCCACACCUAGUAAAUUCCAUUACACUUUUAACCUUAGAGAUUUGUCUAAUAUCAUCUCAGGUUUACUACUUGCUGAAAAUCACGUUUUCAACACUGGAGCUCAAUUUGUCCGACUAUGGCGCAAUGAAUUUACAAGAGUGAUGUUUGAUCGCCUAGCCAGUUUAGAGGAUUGUGACAAGAUGUUUGAAGUCAUGGUUGAGAAUGUCAAACACAAGUUCCCUGAUAUUUCAGAGUAUGUCUUAAGAGAGCCGAUGCUCUUUGGUGAUUAUAGAAAUGCAAUGCUUAGAAAUCAGUCUAGAUUUUAUGAAGAUUUACUAGAUUACAAUGCAGUUUUUCACCUCUUCACCGAGAUAUCAAUGGAAUAUAAUAUGCAUUUCACUACCAUAAAUCUGGUGCUAUUUGAACAUGCAUUGGAUCAUUUGACAAGAGUGCAUAGGAUCCUGCGUAUAAGCAGAGGACAUUGUAUAGUAGUAGGUGUGAGUGGGUGUGGCAAGGAUUCUAUAAUUCGAUUAGCAACAUUUGCAGCUGGUUGUCACUUAUUUACUGUUAUAGCUACUAAAGGUUACGACGAAAAUAAUUUUAAAGAAGACAUGAAAACAAUGCUCAAGUUGAUAGGAAUUGAAGGAAAACAAACAACUUUUCUGUUAACAGCGUCACAAAUAGUUAAUGAAGGAUUUCUGGACUUCACAAACAGUUUGCUUACAAUCGGAGUUAUAAAUUCACUGUUUUCUGCUAACGAAAAAGCUGAUAUUAAGGAAAAGAUUAAAACUGAUGAUGGAAAUGGGCCAAAGCUUGAUUGGUGGUCAACUUUCACAAAAAGUUGCCAGGACCAUUUGCAUGUAGUUCUUUCAAUGAAUCCAAUUGGUGAUGCUUUCCGUAAACAUUGUCGAAACUUUCCUGGGCUCAUUAAUAAUACAUACUUAGACUGGAUUUUCCCUUGGCCGAACCAGGCUUUGGUCUCAGUGGCAACCAAAUAUUUUAAAGAUGUGACUUAUAUUCCGUCUGAACUGAAAGAACCAAUUAUCGAGUGUACUAUACAGGUCCAUUCAUCGAUGGUAGACUAUACGGAAAAUUUGUGGUUGAGAUUAAGAAGGAACAAUUAUUUGACCCCGAAACAUUAUUUGGAAUUUGUUAAAGAUUAUUUGAAGCUGAUGGAUCAGAAAAAUGAAGAACUAGAUUUAAGGAGUGAAAGUUUGAAUGGAGGUCUGAGAAAAAUUAAAGAUGCUAGAGACCGUUUAGAUGAACUAAAGUAUAAUUUUUCACAGCAGCAAAUAAUAACCGUUGGAAAAUCAAAAAUCACAGAUGCUUUAACAAAUGAGGUAGACGAAGCAACAAAAAUGCUCAAUGAGAAAAAAUUGCUUGUUACAAGAAAACAAAAUGAAAUACUUAACAAUAAGAAACUUAUUGAAAAGUUUAAUCGAGAGGUUGACUUGUCUUUAACGCAAGCUAUACCAACAUUAGAAAAUGCCAAACUUACUUUAGAAGGAAUACAAGAGGAAGACAUUGAAGAAAUAAGAUUGCUAACAACACCGCCAGAACCUGUUCAAAUUGUCUGUGAAUGCAUUGCAAUUUUAUGCGGAUCGAAAGAAAUUAAUUGGCGAUCGGCAAAAGCUCUAAUGUCUGAACCUGAGUUUUUACAAAAUGUUAAAGAUUUAAAUUGUGAUUCCAUACCUCAAAAGACUAUCCAUCAAGUUCGAAUGCACUUAAAAAUAUCAAAAAAAUUGAAUGAACUGUACAAAAUUAGUUCAGCAGGAUUUAGCUUCCACAGGUUCAUAGAAGGUGUUAUUGCUUACUGUGCAGUUUUGAAAGAGAUAAAACCAAAAAAGGAAAAAGUCCUGGAGUUGGAUGAAAGUUGUAAACAAAUUGAAGCCUACAUUUAUAAUCUUCAAACGGAAAUUGGCUCAUUAGAAGUUUCACUUGGUGAACUUAAUGAAAAACACUGUGAUAAAUUAAGCGAGCAAACAAAAUAUAUUGAAGAAACUGAUGAAAUGGAACGGAGGUUAGAAGCUGCUGAUCAACUCUUCCAAGGACUUAUGAAGGAAAAUGAAAGAUGGGUUGGGUCUUUGGAUGAGAUAAAACAAGAGAAGAAUGAAGUUCUUGGAAAUUGCCUCCUGUGUGCCGCUUUUUUCAGCUAUGCCGGUCCCUUCCCAUGGGAAUUUAGACAAGAGAUGCUUUAUGAAAAGUGGUUCAUGUUGGUAACUGAUGCCAACAUUCCAGUAUCAAUGGCUUUAUGCAUUGAACGAUAUUUAAUUGAUGAUACCACACUAAGGGUAUGGGAGGCAGAAGGGUUGGGUCUGGAUGAACAUUCUUUGCAAAAUGGUAUAUUAACAACAUUUCCUUCCCGUUUUCCAGUUUGCAUUGAUCCACAACAGCAGGCUCUUAAUUGGAUUAAAAGGAAAGAGAUAAAACGAAAUCUAAAAAUUUUAUCAUUUAAUGACGCAGAAUUUCUAAAACUUUUUCAAUCAGCAGUUAUGUACGGUUUUCCAGUUCUACUGCCUGAUGUGGACUAUGUUGACCCUAUUAUAGGAAAUGUUUUGGAACAAAAGUUAAAAGUUACUUCUGGUGAAACAUUUGUUGAGCUUGGUGGAAAAUUGAUCCCAUACGACCCUAAAUUCAAACUGUACAUCACUACAAAAGUUCCAAACCCUGCUUUGAAUGAAGCCCUAUACUCAAAAGGAACAAUUGUUUAUUAUUCGGUCAUGAAAUUUAGUCUCGAAGAACAAUUAUUGAGUUUAAUAUCUAAAAAUGAACAUCCUGAAAUAGAAGAAACAAGAGAUUCUUUGACACAAGACAUAAUGUCAAAAAAGAUUUUAUUGAAUGAUUUGGAAAAUUCAAUUAUAAUUGGUAUGGCCACAUCAGAAGGAAAUAUUUUGGAUAGUGAAGACCUUGUCGAAAAAUUAGAGGGCAGCAAAAAGCAGGUUAUGGAGGUUCAUUCAGAGCUCCAAUUAGCUAUGAAUAACAAGGCGGAAUUGGAAAAACAAAGAAAUAUUUACAAUCCAGUUGCACAGUGUGGAGUGAGACUGUUUUUCCUUCUUUUUGAAAUGGCCACAAUACAUACUAUGUACCAAUUUUCUUUAAACUGCUAUCUUGCUUUGUAUGUGAAUUCAAUUAAAGAAACAGCAACAAGCGAUGAUGUUCAACAAAGAAUAAAUAACAUUAUUGCAGUGUUAAUCAAAACAGUUUAUGAUUAUGGAUGCAUUGGUAUUUUUGAAAAACAUAAAUUACUACUUUCACUUCAAUUAGUCAUUAAACUGGAAAGGACAAAAACUGUAAUAACACAAAAGGAGCUGGAUUUUUUUAUCAGUGGGAAUAUAUUAGCCCGUUCUGAAGCAGAAAAUUCACCUUUCAAAUGGAUGAAUAAUGAGAGUUGGAAUAAUCUUCAACUGUUGUCUCAACAGUUUGACAUAUUUCACAAUAUAGGCAGUGAAAUCAGUUCUCAUUCUGACGAAUGGAAGCAAUGGUGUGAAUCUGAUGUGCCAGAAAUACUCGACAUGCCUAAUGGUUAUAGCAAUAGAAUAACACCUUUUGAGCUUUUAAUGCUGAUGCGGUGCCUAAGAAUUGAUCGUGUUUACCAGUGUGUAAUAAACUUUGUUAAAAAUGAAAUUGGAGCGCAUUAUGUUACUGUGCCAUUCACAACCUUCAUGAGCAUAUAUGAAAAGAGCUCUAAUUUUGCACCAGUGAUAUUUAUUUUAAGUCCUGGUUCUGAUCCUACUGCAAAUCUUAUGAAGUUAGCUGAGAAACUAAAGAUGAAUGAUAAAUUUAAAUGCCUUUCUUUGGGUCAAGGGCAAGAAAAGCUAGCUAGUAAAAUGGUAGAAGAGGCUACAAAUCUUGGAGAAUGGAUUAUGCUGCAAAACUGCCAUUUGCUUAUACCAUUCGUGAGAGAAUUAGAAAAGAAAUUAGAAAAAAUCACAUCCCCUCAUGAAGACUUCCGAUUAUGGAUUACUACGGAACAAUCUGAGGAUUUCCCCAUUGGAAUGUUACAAACUUCAUUCAAAGGUGUGACUUUGACACAUAUAUACUCAAAGAUUGUAAUGGAGUCACCAAAUGGGUUGAAAUUGAAUCUCCGAAAUUCGUUUUCUAAGAUCGAAGAGUCAUUCUUGAACAGCAUUGAUCAUCCAGCAUUCAAAAGCUUAAUUUACAUCACUACAUUUUUCCAUGCAGUAGUGCAGGAAAGGCGAAAGUAUGGGAAAGUUGGAUGGAAUAUCAAUUAUGACUUUAGUGAGAGUGAUUUUUCUAUUAGCCUUGAAAUAAUAAAGAAAUAUCUCUUUAGAGCUUUGGAAACAAAAGAGAAAAAGGUCCCUUGGAACAGUUUAAAAUGUCUAAUAGGAGAGGUUGUCUAUGGAGGGAGAGUUAUAGACCAUUAUGACAAUAGAAUUAUCAAUACUUAUAUGAAUGUCUACAUGGGCGAUUUUGCUUUUGAUGUCUUCCAACCUUUUUACUUUUAUUGGGGUGGAGAGCACAUAUAUGAAAUUCCUCCUGAAGGUUCCAAAAAUGAUUAUCUUAAAUACAUUGAAAAGUUACCAUUAAUAAGCCCGCCUGAAUGCUACGGACUUCAUUGGAAUGCUCAACUUGGCUACUACACUGAAACCACAAAAGAAUUGUUGUCAAAUCUUAAUAAACUGCAGCCUCAAUCUCGUUGUAGUACCCUUGAUAUAAGGGAUGAAGAUUUGAUUAAUAAAAUGGCAACGGAUAUUAUGGAAUUGAUUCGUGACCCAUUUGACAUUUCUAAAGUGAGAACUAUCAACAUGAACAUUUCUUCACCAUUAACUACAGUAUUGGCUCACGAGCUGGACAAAUUCAAUGUUCUUUUGUUAAAAUUGAAGACAAACCUUGUUAAUUUAAAAAAGGCAAUUAAAGGAGAAAUUGGAAUGGACAUUGUCUUAGAAGAUAUUUCUGAUAGCCUAAAGAGAGGUCAACUUCCAGAUGAAUGGAGUAAAUUAUCACAGCAUACAACUAAAAAUCUGGGAAGUUGGUUAGACUUUUUCAAGAAGCAGAGUGCACAGCUUGCCGAAUGGGUUAGCAUGGGUGAACCGAUUGCCAUUUGGCUUGCUGGCCUUGCAUUUCCGGAAGCUUAUUUAACAGCUCUUAUUCAACAAGCGUGCAGAAAACAAGGCUGGCCAUUAGAAGAUGCUUCAUUUACAACUUCAAUAACCUCGUUUGUACACGAAGACGAAGUUGUUUCUAAACCAGAUGAUGGGUGUUACUUGUAUGGAUUAUAUCUUGAAGGAGCAAGAUGGGAUAAGGAAAGAAAAUGUAUUGUACCAUCACAUGCCAAAAUAUUAAUUGAGUCAUUUCCUUUACUGCAUUUUAAGCCUAUUGCUAAACCUAGAUAUUCUACAAGUGAUUCAUUGCUACUAACUCCAGUUUAUAUGACACCUCGUCGAAGGAACGCAGCUGGUGAAGGUUUGAUUUUUGAAGUUGAACUGCCCAUAACUUCUCAUCAGAGCUUCUGGAUACUUCAAGGGGUUUGUCUUGUUAUGCUACCUGAUUAA